CCAACUAUCUAACUUCGCAACCCACCGGUUGGCAGCAUCCACAGCCCACGGGAUGGCAACAGCCGCAGACGACUGCUUUCCAACAACCACAGCCUACGGGCUAUCAGAGGCCCUUGCAGACCGGCUAUCAACCGCCGCUACUCCAGCCUCAGCAGACUAGCUUCUUGCAGCCACAACAGACGAGCUUUCUUCAACCGCAGGCGACCGGUUGGCAAUCCCCGCAGGCUUUCAGCCAACUAAAUAUGAUGACACAGUCUCUAUUACCAAACGCUACACAAUUCAAUAACAACCUCCAGCAAUCUUUCCAGCAAGCGCCAGCUCCACCGAAAAUACCGUGGAAACUCUCACGAGACGAGAAGCGCAACUAUGACCAGAUAUUCAGAGCUUGGGAUGUACACUCUACAGGCUUUAUCUCAGGUGAACAGGCUAAGGACGUUUUUGGCCAAUCUGGUUUACCCUCUGAUGAUCUCAUGAUGAUCUGGAACCUGGCCGAUAUUGAAAAUAGAGGUAAACUCAAUUUAGCUGAAUUCCACGUCGCUAUGGCCUUGGUUUAUAGACGCUUGAAUGGAAAUCCUAUCCCAGAUGAACUUCCAGACGAACUCGUACCCCCUUCUUCCAAAGACCUUAAUAUGCAGGUUGAUAUCCUUAAAGAUAUUCUCAAAAAUGACAAUCACCAACGUAUCACCACUCCUCAAAUACCUUCUUCAAGAUCGGACGCCUCUAUUUACAAACACGACGACGAUCAAGCCGCUUCUUCUACUUACAAAUCUUCUUCUAGGCAUCUUGACAGAAGAAAUGUCAGAUACUCUGAUAACUCUCCUGUAUCUGAUCUUGAAGAUAUGAAGCGCGAAUUAGCUAACACAUCAGCAAAAUUAGACAAAGCAACCACCUUAUCGGGGAAUAGAACCGAAGAGGAUGAUCAACUUGAGAGGGAUUUAGAUGACUUAAAGUAUUCUAUAAGGAGAGUACAAGAUGACUUGGACUUUGUCAGUUCUGGUCGUCCAUCGAGAGAAAAAGACCAAGAAAGGCGUCAGCUCGAAAGAGAAUUGCUCUACUUAAUGCACGAUCGUCUACCAGAAGUCGAGAAGCGUAUGCAACGAGCAGAAGCUCGUAAGAAGGAUACUGAAAGGGAAGCACUUCGUUAUAGGGAUUACCGCAACGAUAGAUACAGAAGAUAUAGAGAUGACGAUGAUGAUCCUUACUACCGUCGGUCAUCUCCAGAUUACCCUCCUAGUCGUCGUGACCGUGACUAUGACGAUCGUAGUCGUGGUGGGUAUGAAAGCCCUCCAGCUAGAGGUUAUAUGCGUGGAACCUACGAUGAUAGACCUCCACCUGAGCCUAUCCAUCCUAGAGUGGCUGACAAAACACCACCGCCACCACCGCCAGUUGCGCAACCAAAGGAAGUCGACACGAGCGCAAAAAGUCCACCACCAGCACCUUCUCACUCUGGUAGUACCAACUUACGUGGAAUGUCGACUGAAGCUCGUAAGAACUAUAUUCAAAAUGAAGCCCAAAGGAGAGUUCAAGAGCGUCUUAAGGCUUUGGGUGUAAGUACAGGCGACGAGACUCAAGGCGGAGACGAAACUGUUGCAGAACGUCUAGAAAGAGAGAAGAAGGAAGCAGCAGAGCGUGCUCAAAAGGAGGAUGAAGAGAGAUCACGUAAGGAGCAAGAGAGGGUUAGACGUGUCGAAGAAGAAAAGGCAGCGCGUAAUCCGCCACCAGCUCAACCAGUCCAGGCACAGGCGACAGGAAAGAAGGCACCACCACCACCACCACCUUCGAGACGUCAGGCGCCACCUACUCCUGUUAGUAGAACACCUUCACAACAACCACCAGCUGUACCACCUGCUCAACCUCCAGUUCAGCCUCCAGCACAAGCACAGCAUGAUCCUGAAGAGGAAAUGUUGGAGCAGCGCAGAAGAGCAAAGGAAGCUCGCAUGAAGGCCCUUGAGGACGAGGAAAGACAGCUAGCUGAAGCUGAAAAGAAGUUCAAGGAGCGUCAGGCUAGGUUACAAGCUGAAGAUGAAGCCAGACAAGCUGCGCCUGUGCCUGCUGCGCCUCCAGUCCCAGCUCCAGCUCCGGCUACCCCAGCAUCAAUCCCCACACCAGCUAGUGUUCCACGCGCAGUACCAUCACCAAGACCUUCUAUACCAACACCUGCAGCUGCUCCACCAGCUCCUUCCCCUCCAGUGCCUGUAGCUCCACCAGCUCCUCCUGCUCCUGUCGUUCCUUCUCCACCAGCUCCUCAACCUGUAUCAUCUCCUGCUGCUCCACCUAUUCCUACAGCGCCAGCUCCACCACCAACUGUCGCUGCCUCUGCGCCUGCACCUGCACCUCAAGAAUUAUCGCAAGGUCAGGCAACUGUACAAGAAAAAGAAUCAACCAAUCCAUUCGUCAGAAUGCAACAACAAAAGGAAAGGGGUGAAUUGCCGCCAUCAUCGACACUCCAAGCACAACCAGAAGCUUCAAGCAUCCCAAGUCCAAUCGCACCAGUACCAACUGUGCCAAAAUCAUCACACUUGACUAAUGACAGCGACGAUGAUUGGGGUGAAGACGCCCAAGAGAAGUCAGACGAAGAGGAUAGCUCAGACGAUGAGUUCAGCAGUCGUGCGAAGAGAGAUAAUCUUGCUAAGGUAUUGUUUGGCGGUAUGGUCGGCGGAUCGUCUGGAACGUCCACGCCAAAUGCGGGCAGUGAAACACCAGCAAGUCCAUCAUCUGCUCCUCAGGCUCCUCCUGCUCCAGCUCCUCCUGCGCCGGCCGCCCCAGCUGCUCCAUCUGCUCCAGUACCAAAGGCACCUUCAGCACCAUCCCAGCCAGCUGAUAGAGGUUCAUUAUUGUCUCAAAUUAGAGGCGGAAAGUCACUCAAGAAGUCUCAUACUAAUGACAAGUCUAAGCCUGCUUCCGGAGGUGGUGUCAUUGGUGAUGACGCCCCACCUGCCCAUAUCAGUGAUGCCCCUAGGGAACACGAAAUAGCAAGAGAACCUGAACCUGAACCUGAACCUGAGCCUAUUGUUGAAGAUCCUUCCAAAAAAGACAACAGACAAAGCGUCGAUUGGAUUUCUAAUCUUGCAACUGAUGGCGGUGUUGCUCAGCAAACUCCAAAGCUUGACCAAGUUACUGAGGAGCAUGAUGAUGAUUAUGUCAAGGUACCAGCUAUUAGUGUCGAUCCAACAGAUACAUUAUCAGAAGAGUUCGAUCUUCAUAGUGUGAUAAAAUGUCGCUCACUGUAUGCAUACGCACCACAAAGAGAUGAAGAUCUUGGUUUCACUGAGAACAUUAUCAUUGAAGCAAAUCCAUGCCGCGAUCCAGAAAGCCCUUGGUGGUAUGGUAAGAUGAUGGCAUCAGGUCAAUCUGGUUACUUGCCAAAAGCUUACGUGAAGGAAUUAGAAACCCCAGUGAAAGCUAAAGCUUUAUACGAAUACACGGCAAACUCCCAAGACGAAUUUUCACUCUACGAAGGACAAAUCGUUGAUGUCGUUGAUAAAUCUGAGAAUGAUUGGUGGAAAAUCUCAACAAAUGAUGGUUUAAUUGGGAACAUCCCUGCUACUUACGUUGAAUUAUUGAAUGUCGCGCCCGUUAAACAAGAAAGAAGAAGAAGAGCAGCGCCAGAUAUACCACGUCCGAAGAGUACAAUUGAAUCACCCACACGAAGUGAGGAAAGGAGCCAAAAUCAAGAAAUCAAAACAGGGAGAAAAAGAUCACAAUCUGAUGCGUUAGAGCGCACGCGUGCGCGUACGACAUCUUCAAGUAAACUUGGUGAAUUCUUUGGUAGAUUUAGAACAUACUCGAAUGCAUCGUCAACAGCUGGCGCUGAUUUGACAGCCGAUGAUAAUUCGUCUGGAUCAGCCAUUGUCGUCACAGGACCAAUAUCAAGACCUGUUUCAAGACCUAUGUCACAGCAAUCUAGUCAUUCAGCUAAUUGGUCUUCGAUGAUUAAUCAAUCGGUUUUGGAUACUUUCACAACUGAUGAACGUAAUCGACAAGAAUCAAUAUUUGAAUUAAUAAAAACUGAAUCUAUUUAUGUCAAGGAUUUAACAGCAAUAGUACAAGUAUAUUUAGCGGAUUUGAUUAAAGAUGUCGAUGAUAUGACUAUCGAAAUGAUUUUCUCAAAUAUAGAGGAUAUACUACUACUUAAUGCGACAUUUUUGAGUGAUUUGGAGUUAAGGCAAAAUGAACAAAGGAUGUAUAUCUCACAUAUUGGUGAUUUACUCGAUAAACAUCUUAGUAAUUUAGAAAUAUAUAAGCAAUAUUGUGGUAAUCAACAUAAAUCAAUCAAGAUGUUGCAGAAUUUACAAAAUAAUAAUUAUAUGAUAUCACAAAGGAUUGAAAAUAUGAGAAAUAAUCCAACAUGUAGAAAUCUGGAAUUAUCUACACAUCUUUUGUCACCUAUGCAAAGGAUAACAAGAUACCCCCUACUUUUGAAACAGAUACUUAAAUAUACACAAGGUGACACAGAAGAGUAUACCCUUAUUGAGAAGUCGGAAGAAAGGAUUGAAAACUUAUUGUUGGAGAUUAACGAAGAUGUUCGUUUUCAGGAGUCUCAUACACGCUUGCAAGAGAUAGCACACUCCUUAAAUGUUAAUCAAAAGUUUGACUUGAGUAAUACUCGAACAAGAAGUAGAUUGCUCAUAAAGGAGGGCGACUUCCCUAAAUUAAAGAGUCAUAAAAUAAUUCGCGUUGUUCUCUGCAAUGACAUCUUGCUUCUGAUAAACGUGCAAGAGAACACACUUUAUAAGUUACCAAUACCUCUAAACGAAGUAACAAUGACAUCUCAUCCAAGACGUGAAGAUGUCCUACAGAUAGAUUUCGCAUACCCUCGAGGAGGCGAAGUAUUAAAUUUAAAAUGUCAAGACAGGAAUUCCUGGAUUAACAUUAUCAAUUCUACCAAAAAGAAUUUACCAUAAUCAUACGCUGGAGCGUUUUUUAACAUAAAUAAUAAUUAUCUGUGGUAUAACAUAGAAUUUUUUUAAACUUUAAAUACUUUUGGAUCAAUUGACAUCUUGCAUAAACGUGCUACUAAACCUGACAAUUGGACAAUAGUCGCAACACCCUCUAAUAUGCGCAUAUGGGUCCAGCCUAUUUCCUUUAUAUACUCCAACUUGAGUGAUUCCUCCAACGACUGAGUGUUCCUGGCUACUCUGAAAAGUGUCUGGAUGAUAUCGAUAGCCGCAUAGCCAUGUGUCCAAAGUUCAUCGAGUUUUGACAGCGCAUCUUCAAUAUCAGCUUUGUGACAGCUCUCGAGAAGAUUCUGUACAAGCAAUGGAUGCGGUUGAUCACAGACUUUGAAUACGGCAUCAGGUGUGACGAGACCCAAACCAGUAUGUGUAGAUUGAAGGUUGUUUACAGCUUGACGCAUGUCACCCUCACUUGUAAAUAUCAACGCUUCAUAACCCUCAUCAGUAACAUCCGCGUUCUCUUUCUCAGCGAUCUGACGUAGACGCUGAAGGAGUUCUAUGUCGCGCAAUUUGGAGAAUCUGAGAAUAGCGCAGCGAGAUUGUAUUGGUUCGAUGAUCUUGUUAGAUUGGUUGCAUGCAAAUGCGAAUCGUGUCGUGUUUGAAUAGAUCUCCAUCGUGCGUCGGAGAGCCUGCUGAGCACCACUCGUCAU